GCGUGCACACACAGGUCAGCUCAGCGCUGGACAUAUCCACUUUCAUGUCCAAAAGAGUGCCCAUUGUUUGCCCCUGAUGAUAUUUAUCGGUGAGACAAAAACCGAACGCCUGUUGAAAUGCCUCCAGGGCCUUGGAUUAUGUGGCGGCUAUCAAGUGCAUCUUUAUUAAAAGUUGGUACGAGGAGGGCCAAGCUGGGACGGGCUAAGGCAACAGACAUGUAGAAGGGAGGGACCAUUUGGGGGGCCAUGUUAACUCCUGUUGGGACGGAGAGAGAAGAGAGAGGCCACUGUGGAGAGAGAGAGACUAAGACGAGAGAGGUGUAGAGGAAAGGAUGGUGUUUCUAACCACCAAGCUCGUGGAGAGGGUGUCCCUCUUUGUGUCUUUCGGGGGCCUGGUGACGUCGUUCGUCACGUUCUUCCUGCCCCUGUGGACGACGAUGAACUCGGACCUGAAUGAGAUGGAGAACUGGUACGAAGGGCUGUGGCACCUGUGCAUCUUCACCGAGGAGGUGGGCCUGCACUGCAAGGCCUAUGAGUCCACGCUGGCGCUGACCGCCGACAAGCUGGCGUCGCGGGUGCUCAUGUUCAUCUCCGUGGGGACUGGGCUGCUCGGGGUGCUGGUGGCGUUCUUUGGGCUAGAGGGGGUGGGCGUCGGGCAACGGCGGCGGCUGAAGAGGGGGCUACUCAUCGCAGGAGGCGUCCUCUCCUGGGUGUCGGGUCUGACCACCCUGGCGCCAGUUUCCCUGGUGGCCUACGUGACUGUGGUAGAGUUCUGGGACGAGAAGAUUCCCGAUGUGGUGCCACGCUGGGAGUUUGGAGAGGCCAUGUUUUCCGGGUGGAUCGCGGGACUCCUUCUGGUGGUCGGUGGCUCUUUCUUGUUCGUGGCUGUGUGUAUGGGGGAUUAUGAGGCCCACCAGGCUAAAGAUUUAGCCUUCUUCAAGGACACCCCAAGGUCACGGCACUACCUAAAGACAGAGGUCCUAUAACUUUAUUCUCUGCUGUUGAAGAGCCGGGCGUGAUAACUAUCAGAGCUUUAAGUGGGUCAGUUGCCAAGGUCAGUUGCAGGAGACUUGGAAAGGUCACCUCUGAGUCUAUCUAGCUUUCAGUAUUUCAGUGCCAAGAAAAAAUGCAAUGUUUGAAUGUAAAAAAAACCCCCACAAAAUUCAAUUUUAUGGCAAAUCUGUAGUUUUACCACUGUUGAAUGGGCACACACAGGUAAUUUUCAUCUGACCUUUUAACAGUGUAAUUUGAAGCUUGCUGAGCGUUGAGUUAUUUCAAAGUCACUCCUAGGAAAUCUGCGUCAAUUGCAAAUUUGGGAGCGAUCAGCAUGAUGAUCUCUCUGCACCAUCAUCUGCC